AUUACGUACAUGAUUGAACAAUAAUUUACUCUUUUUUCUUCGAUUGCACAAUCCGGACGAUUGAUUCAAUAAUGAAUAUGGUGGAGAAAUCGGGAUCAAUGUCAAUAUCAACUCUAAAGAUGUAACAUAUCUGAUGUAGUCAAUUCCUCUCUCUAUCUCUCUCUUCCUCUCUAUUCAUAGUGAAACUGAAAAUUAGAUUGUUGUAUAUUUUGUAGGAUGACGUAAUAAAUUAGGUACAAGCCGAACAGAUGGCCAUUUUCGUGAACUUGAAUUCGUCAUUGUAUUGUUUUUAUUAUUAUUAUUAUUAUUAUUAUUAUUAUUAUUACUAAUCCAGGUUUAUAAUAUAAUAUUAGAACAUAUGGUACUAAACCACAGUUUAAUUGUGGUGUGUUGUUGUGUGUCAUGAGUCAUCAUUAUUCAAUGCAAUCACAAUUUCUAUCGUCAUCGUCAUCAACAUCAUCAACAUUAUUAUUAACAGACAGAUCAAAUAUUACUCAUUCUAAUACUGAUCUAAUUAUGGGAAAUACUGUUCCGUCCUCUUUUCUUGAAAUGAAUUUAACCCAAACAACAAAUGGUUUAUUAAAUAAUAAUAAUAAUAAUAAUAACGAUGUGGAUUUGAAUCGUCAAACUCGUGUAAAUUUAACAGAUGAUAAUUCACAAUGUAAAUCACCAUUAUGGAUACCACCUGUUACACCAUAUACAUUACUUGGUUUAUUAAAACCUCAUUUAACACAAUCUAGUUUACUUGUUAAUAACAAUACAACACAUCAAAUACAACAGCAAACAAGUAAUGGAACAAUUAUAAAUACAAAAUUAUGUGAAGAUUCAAUAGGACAUCAACCAUUUCAACAACAACAACAACAACAACAGUCUAGUUUAAAACAAUCACAACAGAAAAUCUCAUCAAUGUCUGCUUAUCUUUCGGAACUUUUGAAUCAAUCUCAAACAUCGAUAACAACAACAACAACGACUAGUGGGAAGAAUUCAGUACAUGCUUUAUAUGAGAAAAUUCUUAUCGGUGAAUUAGAUCAAUUGCAUAAAUCACUGGAACAACGAUGUCUUCUUUCCAACACAUUUGAUUCAAGUCAAUUAAUGACAAUUUCAUGCUCCGAAGACAAUGUUAACAGUGGUGUUAGUGGUCGGGAGAAUACAAACUCCACGAUAAUGACACCAGCAAUACCAGUAACAACAAACCCCUCAUCAUCAUUAUCAUCUACAACAAUAACUGGUUUGAAAAUUGGUAAUAAUCCAACAUUAGGUACCAAUUUACCAGCAUUAACAACUGAUCCUGCUAGAGCAUUACUUAUUGCUGGACAAGUAUGUGAUUGGCCAGGUUGUGGAGCUAUUCUUGGUCCAGAUACAUCGUUUAUUGAACACUUGAAUAAAACACAUCAAUUAUCAUUACAAGCCCUUGCUCAAGUUGAAGUAUGUGCAUCAAGGUUAGAAUUGUACUUGAGAACAUCACACUAUUACUUUUUACCAUCAGAUCAACAACAAUUAAGUACUCAUCAAUCUAAAGGAGAAAAAUCUUUAAAAAGUAAUAUGACACCACAACCAUAUUGGUGUCUAGAUCUUGGUGUUCCAGUGUAUGAAGCUAUACAACCUAUCAAUAAUAUGAAUGAUGUAUUGGAACCUCCAGCUUCUCCAGCGGAUUUACCAAUUUCUAUUCCUACUACUUACAGACUAUCUAAAUUUGCAAUAAAUCCCAAUGUAACAAAUCGAACUGGUAGUCUACCAGGUCCUAUAGCAUUCAUUCCAUCCGAUUUAAAUAUACCUCGACAAAUGCAGAACAGUGUCAAUAUAAAUAAUGAUAAUAAUCAUAAUAACAACAAUAGUAAUGAUACAUUAAAUCAAAAAACUUGGCAUUAUGGUUUACGACCUAUUAAUAGUAUACCAAAAGAUUUUCUUAAUUUCACUUGUUCAAAACAACAACAACAACAACCACAUCAAAAAUCUACCAAUAUCAUUGCUAUUGAUCCUGAUCAAUUAUCUAAUCAUUUGAAUAUAGAUUUUGAUCAAACUCAUAUAAAUUCAACAUUGAAUAGACAAGAACAACAAUUUAUGAAAAGAGAUUAUCAUUCAACUAAUACUAAUCAUUUGAAUAGAUUCAAUCAAUGGUUUUUCAAUCCAUUCAAUUCAUUUCGUAAUCGAAUAAAAAGUAUACGAUUUAAAAAAGAUGCUUCAAAUAAUUGUCAAACUACUAAUACUACUUAUACUACUACUACUACUAAUAAUAAUAAUAAUAAUAGUUAUUCACCAGUUGUUUCAAUGACCAAUUCUACUUCUUCAUCUUCUAAUACUAUUUAUUAUAGAAAUGUGAAUAGUGCUACAGAAUUAACUUCAACUUUUGAAAUCACAUCAUCAUCAUUACCUAAAAUUCAAAUAGAUGAUAUUUCUAUUCAAUCUACUGGAACUUUACCAAGAACACGUAAUCGAUUAAAACCUUGUUCACGUAUAUUUUCACGAAAGAAAGUUACAGGAAGAAAAUAA